AUGACCGCUUUCCGAGUCGAGUCAUGGAUAUGGUACACAGUCACUCUCUGCACCGUCAUUGCGCGGAUCGUCGCGAGACUGUUACAUUUCAAGUCCGUUCUUCGUCUGCAAGUCGAGGAUUUCCUGAUGGUGUUUUUGACCUGUCUCUACACCAUACUCAUCGUGUUCCUCAAUAUCGACCUGACGGUAUCGACCAACCUCAUCGAUCCCGCCCAUCCAGUUGAACUGACGCCUCACGAGAUCGACCAGAGGACAUGGGGCUCGAAGACGGUCCUUCUGGUCGAGCAAUGCAUGUGCGCCGUCCAGUGGGGAACCAAGAUCUGUCUGUUACUUUUGUACUGGAGAAUCACGCAGAACUUGAAGCAAGCUCUGGUCGUCAAAUGCGCCGCUGUGUACGUUGGCUUGACUUACGUCGUCAUGGAAAUCUUCUACUUUGCCGUCUGGUGUCGACCGUUUCAUGAUUACUGGAAAACCCCGACCAACAACACCCAGUGCACGACAGCUCUGCACCAUCUCAUCAUGAACUUGACGUUCAAUUUGACCAGCGACGUCCUGAUCCUCUCGAUUCCACUGCCUCUGUUGAUAAAGUCACAUCUCGAAUUCAAACGUAAAUUCCUGUUGGUCUUUCCGUUUAGCUUGGGCAUUUUCACCAUGGUCUGCGCCAUCUUGAGCAAGAUCGCCAGCUUCAACCACCCCUACAGCUCAGAAUGGGUCUACUGGUACUGUCGAGAAGCGAGCACGGCCAUGAUUGUUAGCAACAUGCCUUACAGCUGGGCAUUGAUACGAAGAAUGUUUCAUCUGAGGUCAUUUUUGGGAGACUCUACCGCAAAUCGUAUUCAAGAGGGAGCUCCAUCAAGAUAUGACGGACAAAGCAUUGGAGGAAUUCCUUUGUCAGGUCAGUUUCGCUCACGAAAGUCGAAUGCUGGGGAAGUGGUCCCGAGAAAGAUCUCCUGGACACCAUCACUCUUUCACAAGAAACGUGCUAUGAGCAGUAGCCGAGAUGCGCCUCCAACCAGAGCCUCAGAGAGUGAUGCGUCGGCGAGAGACAAAGAGAUGGAUCCUGAAAAGUCGGCCCCUUCCAGCAGUGAUGGCAUCGUUCAACCAACCGCAGGAAUGACUCCUGGUCCUGGAACUGAUUGGGCGUUGGAUCGGUUGUAUCCUCUGGACGAUGAUGAGAUCGACGGUGAAAUUGCCAAGCUGGAUGUGACGCAACGACGGUACGAUGGUUGA